AUGAGCAGGAUUGUUCUUUCGGAUCGCUAUGAGUUAACAGAGCAGAUAGGCGUUGGAUCUCACAGCCGUGUGUAUCUGGCGAGGGAUCUAAACACAAAUGGCCUUUUUGCGUGCAAGAAGAUUGAUUAUGGCAACGUCGCUGUUGAGAUCCAGCCCAUCGUGGAACGGGAGGUUCAACUUACGCGCCAGUUAGAGCAUCCAAACAUUAUCAAAUACUAUGAAAUUCUACAUGAUGAGGCGUCUCAAAUACUGUACGUAGUAGCGGACUACUUUAAGCACAGCAAUCUUUCUGCUUAUUGCAAAGCCAGGCGCGAGAAGGGCAUGAGGAUGGACGAGGAUAGCGUCUGGAUGAUCAUUGCGCAGCUAGCAGAUGUGCUCUCCUUCUGUCACACACCUGACAAGUCCUACUUUCCGGAAUUGGGAGUCGUCCUACAUCGAAAUGUCAAUCCAGACUCCGUUUACUUGAAAGACGAUGGCACUGUAGUCUUAGGGGGAUUCAGCAUGGCCGAACCUCUCGGAAGGAAGGCUGUAGCAGCAACACGCAUUGGAGUGGCCAACUACAUGUCUCCCGAGAUGCUCUCUAAUCGUGCAUACGACGAAAAAGCUGAUAUCUGGGCCCUUGGGUGCACCAUCUACGAAGUAUGUGUUGGAGAGCCUCUAUUCAAAGGAGUAGACGCUCCAGAGGUUCUGCGAGAACUACGGACAAAUAUUGGUCCUUACAUGCUUCCAGGAUAUACAGAGGAGCUGGGUAAGAUAGUCUCUGCUAUGCUUGAGUACUCUCCAGACAGGCGCCCCUCUGCACUUCAGAUUUUACAGCAUCCAACUGUUGAACGAAUGUGGCAGAUGUAUAGAGGUUACCUCGACGUUGGCGUCAAUGUCGACACCAAGGAAGCCACAGAGAACGCCGGGACCCUUCACUUCAACUGUGCAACUGAAACUCAGCAACAGAUAGCUGGCAGCGCACCUUGUCCAGCAUGCAAUGGGACUGGUUGCGACUGCCAGCAAUGCGGAGGGACGGGGAUUGUCCCCACAGUCCUCAACCAAUUAGAUGUCCUCAUGGAGGUCAGCAAGGUUGAGCCCGGAGAUGAGCUGAAAGAUCCAGAGGAUGUGGAGAGCACGCUAACCGCGUCUACUAGCAAAUCUAGAAAAUCCAUGAAGUCGGCCAAAAAGGCCCCCAAGUCUAAGACAAAGUCAGGGAAGAAUCCAACAAUCUUUGGCGCCGAAGAUACUGACACCGAGGACAGUAGAGCCUCUUCUCGCAAAAAGAGGUCCCGAGCUAACUCCCGGAGUACAUCACGUGCCACAUCUAAAGGAUCCACUAAGGCUGCUAGCCGCAGUGCACGCUCGCGAAGCAAUACAGCAGUUGGUGGGUGCUGCGGACGGAGGCCUAAUCAAACAUCUGAUGUCUUUGUCGAUGAGUCUUGUGUCUUAGAUGCGCCCAGUGUUUUGAGACAGGAAGUCACUACAGUGACAAAGCCAACAUACGAAGGCAUUGUUACCACACAAGGAGCCACGUUGAACGAGGGUAACCUUCUGCCAGGCAAUCGCCUACCUACUGGCUACUUGCAUCCAACCGGCAACUUACAAGAAUUUACUGUUGACGGAUCGGUUCCUCCGCCAACCAGCACAUUAACAACAAACAUAAAAACUAGCGCUAAUGCUCAGGGCGUACUAGCAGGAGAAAAUUAUCAGCACAAUGCACAGAGUUCUUUUCGUGAGGGGAUGAUCAAAGGACACGGAAGGGACAUCGGAACACCCAUGACCAAUACACCGACGCAGAACUCAUCUCUUCAGGAACAAUCCGUGCACUAUCCCCAGCCCGCAUAUAACUAUCAGCCAACAGAAAGUGAAAUCAGAGUGCUAUCCCCAGGAGUCCAAGACAUACGUCUACGGGCGCUGCAAUAUGGAGACAUGCCUCGGAAAACUGCAACCCCUACUCUGAAGGCCCCGAUUGAUAGGCCUGCUUUCAACUCAAGUCUCAAUGUCUCCGGAUUUCAGCAGAGCAGCUAUGUAACGCCUCCACUCGACAAUCAAUCUUCCCACAAUACCUCUCUCUUACAGAAUUCUAUAUACAACUCCACCCCUCGGCAAGUGUUCUAUCCAGCAACCAACACGCCCCAGCAAAUGUAUGUGCAGCAACCGCAACCGGUCUGCCAGUACCAGCCUGUUGUCCUUCAAUCAGGAUGCCCGCAUCCUGUGAGUUAUGUACACGCACAACCACAAUCGCAGCACAUUCCCUCGUUCAGCUCAUAUUACAUGUCUCCGUCUGGAAGUGUAUAUGGGUCAGAACUGCAGGUGAGCAGCUCACACGGUCUUCCUAUGAAUGCCUCGGGGCGAUAUAGGCCUAAGAAUAUGUAA